UUUCUGUAAACGCCUCCAUCUUUCCUCCAUGUUCUCUGUCACAGUCACACCGGAUGGUCUCUCUCACAAUCGCUGCCACUAGUUCUCUGACCGGCGCUGCCAUUGUUGUCGAUUUACUCACUUUUGUAAGUUACUCUCCCUCACCACCAUCGUUCUCUCUCUCAAUUUCUAAUCCUUAACUUAUUUGAAAAUAAGAGUUCCCCGUUGUUAUCUGAAAAAAUUUCGUCGAUUCCCAAACUUUCAAAGGAAACCUCUUCUAAUUAUUCUUUCAUUCUUUGAUCAUUAACAAUUUAAUAAGAAAGAGAAAGAAAACACGAUGGGUUAGAGAGAGAGAGUCUGCCUUCUCUCUAGAAACUACCUCAGUUUCUAAGGUUUGUUCAUUCAAUAUUUCAUUGAUGAUGGCUAAUUACUCAUCUAAUCUACACGACUUAGAUACGAUGGGUGAUGAACUAGUGAUUAAAGAAACUACUACACCUAAGUGGAGUUCGCACAUCUUGAACGAUAGUCUUUCGGAUAGUGAUUUGUUAAUUUUGAUGGACAUCGCGAAGAGAAAUGGGGGUAAGAAGCAUUGUUCUGCAUCUGAUAUCGAGAUGGGUAGGAGCCCUAAGGCUUCGAUUGGGGUUGAGUCUGAGAUCCAUAGUCCAAGUUCUUUUGUUGACGCUAUGAGUGGUCUCUGCUCUGAGAUUCGAGAGAUGAAUGUUAUUCAGCUCCACAUUAAAACAACAGGCCCUUUGAACUUUUGGAGCGGUUUCGAAUGCAUGAAUUUUCUGAAGGAACCUUGCAUCCAUUUGAAUGCACACAAAGUUAAUUGCAUCCUUAUCAAUUGCAUAGAUUAUCGUGAAGUAACAUGUUAUAUUGAAAUGGUUUGGUUGUUCAAAGAAGGAAAAUAAGUAACUAGAGGAAGCAUCUCUUGCCUCAUUAGGCUUAGAAAUGCUAAUUGUCAUGGUGAUUCAACAGUUGCGGCAACAUCUAUAGGUUAUUUAUAAGGCCAUUGUAAUAAGCACAUCGUUUUAAUUGGGAUUGACUUGAUUUUAUUUUUAUUACUUAGUUUCUCUUGUAAGUAUUAUUGUGUGUAGGCUUAAAUUUUGAAUUGGAAAAACACGUGUAAUCUAUUGUUGUUACUUAUAUAAUUGGAGUUUUUUUUUUAAUGUCAA